UAAGUUUAUUAGAUACCGAAAUUUUGUUGGCACAAAAAAAAAGACGAGAACCAAACAAUUGUCAACGGCAAUUCUCACCAAAAGGGUCAUUUCGGUUAUUAUAAUUGCUUUCAAUUUGGCUCUGUUACCAUUUGGGAGCUAACUCACAUUCCCCUUCUAAGAGUUUCACAUUAGGGGACAAAACAAAAAAAUUUCCCAAAUUCUUCUGAAGGGGAAUGUACGUUUUCUGAUUUCUUCGCUCCACGGUAAAGGAUUUAGAGUUGAAAUCCUUGUUCACGGAAGGAGAGAAAAAAAGGCAAGAAAUGUCUGGUCAAAUUUUUUCAAAGUUCUUAUGAAGGGGAAUGUUCAUUUUAUGAUUUCUUUGCUCAAGGGUAAAGAAGAAAUCAAACAAGGUGCAAGUUAAGAGGAAGAAAAAAUGGUGAGGGGUUUGUUUUUUGUGCUAUUGCUCAUCCAUGCAAGUUCUUCUGCAAACGGUGCCGAUGAGAAAGAAGCUCCAUGGCUAACCCUAAACGGAAAGGCGCCGGCGGUGGUAGCUCGAGAGGGUUUCUCCGGGCAGUUCCCUGAAGACACCGGAAUGGCGUUCCAAAUGCGUACAUACGACGGCAUGCUCUUGCUUUGCAGCGUACAGUUAACGAUGGACAACGGGGCAGUUUGCCAGCCAGAUGUGGAGAUCAGCAAAUCCACAAACGUACAGGCCCUCCAUCCAAACAUGACCAAAACUUACAACGUGAAUGGCAAGAACGUUAGCGGUUACUUCACCAUUGAUUACACCAUGAAUGACCUCGUAGAGACGAUGGUUGGGGUUCAACGCAUCAUGACUCGAUCAGAUGCUUUUGACGGCUACAGUAUUAUGCCAUUCGAAGGCGAGAGCCAGUUCAAGAUGCCUCUUUUGUGGAUCAAUGUUCCGUAUGUUCAAUUCUUCUCAGAACACAAGAUGAACAUGGAGGAUUUCAUUCGCCAAGUCCCGCUCACCAGCAAACAUUGCCUCUCCUCGCCGGAGAUCGGUUUCUUGAAAGCAAUGAGUGACAGAAAGCUCCCGGCUGGGCUGAAGCUCUACUUCGCCUUCCACGGCAAGGACGCCGUCGAGCCCACGACCAAAAAGACGUACGGUUCGAUCGCGUCGGACCUGGCCGCGUUGAAGCCGAUCGUGGCCGGAAUCGUCGUCCCGAAGGACUACAUUUGGCCGGUCGACAAAUCCAACUACUUGGUCGCACAGCCGACGACUCUGGUGACCGACGCUCAUAAACUUGGUCUCGAGGUUUACGCUUCCGGCUUCGCAAAUGACAAUGUGCUCGUCUACAACUACAGCUACGAUCCGAUGGCAGAGUAUCUCAACUUCAUCAGCAACGGCCAGUUCUCCGUCGACGGACUUAUCACCGACUUCCCGCCGACCGCGACGGAUGCCAUCAUGUGUUUUGGACCGUUACGCGAGAACCGGUCGAAACAAGGCCAACCUCUGAUCAUAACACGAGGAGGAGCCUACGGAGUCUACGCUCCGAGCACCGACCUCGCGUACAAGCGAGCGGUGGACGAUGGUGCGGAUGUAAUCGAUUGCAGCGUUCAAAUGUCGCAAGAUGGAGUCGCUUUCUGUAUGAUUUCUCCAGACCUCACUGCAAGCACAACCGCAGCAACCAUCUUCGUGGAUCGCAUCACCGAUGUCAAAGAAAUCCAAGAGGAAUCGGGCAUCUUCUCUUUCGCCUUGUCGUGGGACGAGAUUCAGACGUUACAGCCUCAAUUGUCGACCCCUUACGAGAAAAGCACAGGCCUGAAGAGAAACCCUCUGUUCCGAAACAAGGGCAAGUUUGUAACCCUUGCUCAGUUCUUGGAGUUCGCCCGAUCGAAAUCUGUUACCGGCAUUCUGAUCAGCCUGGAUAAUGCGCCAUACCUUGCGUCGAAAGGUCUAGAUCUCGUCACCACGGUCACCGCGGCCUUAACCAAGGCACAGUACGACAAGAAGUCCGGUCCGCAGGUCUUCAUUCAAUCCGACGACACGUCCGUGCUGGCCAAAUUCAAGAACUUCCCAUCCUACAAAAGGAUUCUCUCCAUCAAGGAAGAAAUCAGCUCCGUGAACAAGGCCGCCGUAGAGGAAAUCAAGAAGAAUGCCGAUGGGGUCACCUUGACGAGAUACUCCAUCCUCCCCACCAACCCGCAGGGCUUCACGACGGUGGAAACCCCGAUCGUCGAGACAUUGCAUAGCGCGAACCUGACGGUCUUCGUCUCCACCCUCAACAACGAGUACAUCACGCUAGCGUUCGAUUACUUCGCCGACCCGACGGUCGAGAUCGCGACGUACACGCACACGGUCGGAGUCGACGGGUUCGUCACAGAGUACCCAAAGACCGCGAGCAGAUACCAAAGAAACCCAUGCUCAGAUAUCAACCGCAGCUAUAUCAUCCUCCCGGCCAGGCCUGGAAGUCUCUUGAACGAAACUCGCGCAGCACCAGCAGAUCCUCCAAAACCAGCUCUCACCGUUCAAGAUGUCGUCGACUCACCGUUGCCCGAAGUAGCCAAACCGAAAGACCCUCCUUCGAAGCAGAAGCAGGAAGCAUCCACUUCAUCUUCUUCUGCAGCUGCCGGACUCCAAUCGACAGCCCCCGCCGUCGCCGUUGCCGUGGCGUUGCUCUGCUUUCUCACUGCGGGACACAAUUGGGGUUCUUAAACGAACAGACUCCGAAAUCAUGUUUCUCUCUCACAAUGACUUGUGGUUUCCUCCCCGCUGUAAAUGAGAAUUGGCAACCAUAAUCAAACAUUUCUAAUUAGGAAACUAAUUUCAGUGAAAGGACGUUUUCUCCAAUUGUGUUUCCUUUUGCACUACAGUUUUUGAAAAAAAAUGUGAAAAAUUGAUGGAGCUUGACUGUAGGAGGCUCACAUUUUUGCCUUUAAUUGGGCAGAAGGGGGAAAAAGCGAGAAGGAGAAGCGGAAAAUCAAACUAGCUGCUGUCAUGGCUGCAACGGAGAGGGGAACUGUCACGUACAUAGACUUUUGAAGUCGUCUUGAAAUGCACUCAUUUCUUAAGAUCAGCCUUUUCGCAUACUCAUGCCAACUGGUUUCGCCCUGCCUUGAGCUCAUCAGGGAGAUGGCAAUAGUCUCCGACCAGUUGUGUCUUCGCUUGCAACGAUCUCCGUCAUAGUCACAUCCUAACUCGGCCAGAACGAUGCACAGGCAGACAACGCCUUAUCGAUAAUGUCGUCCCCUUUACCCCUCUUGUGGCAAGACAACCAGAUGGCAGCGUUCUUCAGACGAUCAACACGGUCACGACAUUCCGGGUUGUGACAUUCUCCACCACUCAUAAUGCAGCACGUCCUCAUGCUGGUGAAGAAUACUUCUCUCCGCAUCAUGUAUUGCAACACUCGAACCGAUUGUGAGCCUUCGCAUACGAUACCAUCCUCUAAUGGACAGGCUCCGAUCGCAUCUCUCGCGCUAGCCUGCUGUGCCACUCGCACAUACCGCUUCGCCCCUCGACAUCAACCUUCACUCUUCGCUUCUGUUGUGCUAGUACCUCAGUCGACCUUCACCCCACGCUUCUCUUAGCGUUUGUACCUCAAUCGACCUUCACCUUACGCUCUUGCUAGUGUUAAUUCCUCGGUUGAACGACAUUCUCAACCGUUGUUUCUCUCCAACCUGUCGAGGUCUACCACAACGACGCAACACAUGUGUAUCUGCGUCCGGACAGCCUGAUGCAC